UAGAACGUCACUGGUUUUACAGUAUUCAAAAGCCAUCUUUGUUAGCUGCUGUAGCACAGCGAGAGUUGUUUUACUGUGUUCGAGGCGGCGUCAAACUAUCUAACAACAAGAUAUGUCAGCUCCAGCCCCCACACAAGGACCCUUCAGUGGGUCAGCCAAUGCAGAGACUGGGGGUCCCCCCCCACCCCCAAACACCACAAGCAACCGUCGGAUCCAGCAGUCCCAAGCCCAGGUGGACGAGGUGGUGGACGUGAUGAGAAUGAACAUGGAGAAGGUCAUGGAGAGAGACACAAAGCUGUCCGAGCUGGAUGACCGCGCUGAUGCUCUCCAAGCUGGGGCUUCGCAGUUCGAAACCAGUGCAGCCAAACUGAAGAGGAAGAACUGGUGGAAAAACUGUAAGAUGAUGAUCAUUCUUGGAGGGGUUUCUGCAAUCAUUCUAAUCAUCAUCAUCAUUUAUUUCUGCACCUAAAGAGGAGAGGGAGUGAUAAUGCAGAAGACCCCUGUUUUCCAAGGACCCUACCUUUGCUUGUCUGUCAUGUGACAAGUAGCACUCCGCCCUUCAGAAUCCUUACCUCCAUCCUGUUUGACAAGCAAAGAUAUUAUUGGCUACAAUGUUUUUCCGAAGGUGACAGAAAUACUGCUUUGUAACCGGAGUAGAUCCAUGUCCCGUAAUGUCAUUUUAACUUUUCUAUUCCUGAUGUGAGUGGUUGUUUUACAUGUAAGUUCACUGAAUGUCUGUUUUUUGGGGGGGGGGGGUUGUGUUGAUGGCACAUAUGGUUUUCGUGUUUACAAAGACAGAGCAUUUAAAUAUUAAGGGGAAUUUAAACCUGUGUUUCAUGCUAAUCAUAUAUAGGAUCUGCCUUAAAGCAUAUUGAAGUGCCAAUAGUUUAUUGAGAUUGGGCCAGUAAAAUCCAGUUAGUUGCAAAUGCAAACUACUAUAAGUUAACAGUAUAUUUACAAAAUACCACAUAUUGUAAAUUUGCUUGUUAUUUUUGCCAAACGCAGCGCCAGAAACAAAUGCCAAAUUGGAUCUUCAGUCGAGUUUAACAAACCAAGAUUUAAAUAGUCCCAUUAUGCAGAUUGCAAGUGCAUUAGCCAUUUUUAAUGGUGUAUUUUUUUUAAGAAGAAGAAGAACAGUAUGUGGUACAUAUUGGGAUUGAAAGUCAAUAAACACACAGCGCACAAAUUGUUCCUUACUGUAGAUUUCUGCCGCAAGCAACAUUCUGCAUUCUAUUCUCUUGCAACUGCGGCUCUGCCACACUCUAGCAGUGCCUUGUGUUAGUCUCACAACAACGCUUCACAGUGCAGCGACCUGUAACUUAAACUCCAAGUUCAUUCACUAGUGAUUCAUGUUUUUGUAAAUGUGGUGGUGUUGUGCCUUACACUUAUUAGAUUGUUUAAUAAUAAAAACAUGGCUGUCCAGUAUGAUGAGUACAGUCACAGGAACUGCAGUAUUAUUCUCUGGGACUACGGUAGCUUGCCUUUGUAAUCACCUGAGAUAUAUCUCUGACCCAAAGCACAAAUAUAUAAACAAUGAUUCAAAUCAUAGCGGUCCUUUACAAAAUGAACUGAGCAAUGCUGCACUGAAAGUGACAGCAGUUACACACAAAGUUCAACAGUAUAAGCGCAUAGAAAAUAUUAUAUCCGUGCAUGAUGCAAACCCUCUCAAGGUCAGAGCUGUCCAGUAAACCUAUUCAUGGGUCUAGCCUCUCCGGGGAUGAAUAUCCAUGUUUCAAACAGCACCCUGUAUGAUAUUCUACAUUUAUUUUAGGAAUCUCAAAGGGUUUGAACUAAACAACAAACAGCAGGAUUUUUAAUCUAGUUUACCAUUAAAAAUUUUAAAUUAAAAAGUGGCAUGUUUUUAAUUAUUUCCACAGUGUAGUUACCAUUGACUGUAUUUUCCUGUCAAAUUAGCCACCAAAUUAAUCUUUUAUUCCUUUAUUGCAACCUUUCUGCAUUACCAGAGUUAAUUGCCUACAUCUGUUAAACGCAAGUAGAAUAAUGACAAAAAAAAAUAUAGAAAAAAAAAGCAUUCCAAGUUUUUUUUCUACUGAAUAAAAAUGCCUUUGCCUAAUUUGUGUCUUAGUGGAGCUUCUUACUUGUGAAGACCAGUUAUUGUGUAAGUGCCCCUGCUGGAGGUCAGUUCAAGGUCAUUCCUGGUUCUGUAGUAUUAUGUUUGGGCAUUGCAUGGAAGUACUUUGUUUAUUUACUGGAGUUUUAAUUUUAUUUUUUAUGUUGCGAUGGUGAUCCUGUUUACAGAGUUAAUGUGCAUAUUAAUGUUCAAAUAAAAGUUUAGUUACAAAACAAAA